AAAGGUCCAUGGCGGUCAGUCGCUCAAUUGGCAAAUUCGGUGUGCCAUCUCUCACCGCCCAUGCUCCACGGCGGUAACAGCCGCAAUUCGUAAGUCGUACCCGUAACCUGGAUGUAAGUAACUUUGGCUCAUUACCUUGGUACCCUGGCAUGAAUCGCCUCACGUGAGACAGCCCGUCCAGGGUCGAAUGUGGGAAACUUUUUCGGGCGAUUGAUAGCAAGCUCGAUAGGACGCCGCGACCCUCGAUCUCCCCUUUGAGCUCACCUCCAAGGUGCCUGGAUCCUUGGUGUGUACUCCGGACUGUCGACCUAGCGCUUGUCAUUCAGAGCAGGGCAGGGCCAUUGCGACCUUUAAAAAAAGCUAGGUGCAUCAAUUGGGCGACAACCGCAUUGAUCCUUCAGCGGCAGACGCCCGACUGUAACUCCCUCGCAGAGACCGCAGACACACUAGACAGAUUGACACGAUGAGGCAACGCAGGUUGCUGAGGUUCCAUGGCCUGAAACGUCCCCGCGUCCGCCAAACAUGGAACAAGUACAACCUGUUCAACCUCAUCCAACUGCGGACACCUCAACUGAGCUUCAAGACCUUCUUCCAGCAGAAAUGGAGAGCCAAGUCCAUGACCCGCGGCUACCACGGCGAGCACAUUAAGGAAUAUCAGUGGGAGCGCAUGUUCAGCCGCCGCCCGCUCUCCGCCGUCGACAUGGACCCGGCUUACAUGGCUCGCUACGAUGGCAGCGAGCAGGCCGCCGGCCGUGGUUCCGGUCUGUUGCCACCUCCCCGUACGAGGGGUACAAAGGGGGAAGAGGAGGCCAGUCGAACCAAGGCGACUCCGUACAUGCAGAUGGUCUUCGCCCCCAUGGAACGUCGACUUGAUAUCGCCAUUUUCAGGGCCCUGUUUGCUAGCAGCGCGAGGCAGGCCCGCCAAUUCGUCUUGCACGGUGCUGUGACCGUGAAUGGGAAAAAGAUGAGACAUCCCGGUUACCUCCUUAACCCUGGGGACUUGUUCCAAGUCGAUAUCGAGCGCGUCAUGACAGCGACCGGUAAGCCGAAGAGAUCACUCCCAGGUCAAAAGACAGUUUCAACCACCGCGACCGAAGAGUCUGCCGAGGCCGAAGAAGGCGAUGUCAAAGAGGCCACAGCCACCAUUGAAGACCCCGGAGAAGCCAUCGAUGCAGAUGCCACGAAGGAGAAGCACCUAGCCACGCUCAACGCGCUCAAAAGCCGCGCCCAAAAGAUCAUGGGCGACAAAGAGCACAUCCGCGCCAAGCAGAAGAUGUCCCUCCGCAAGUUCCUCCGAGACGUUAAGACGGCCAUGGACACCGCCCGGAAGUCAAAGGGUGAAGCCACCUCGACCGCCGAAAUGAACGAAGUCGAGCAGGAGCUGAGCGACCUGCUCUCGGAGCUCUCCAUCACCCCGACCGAGCGCAAAGCCGAAGCCAAGCAGGCGGCCAUUGAGCAAAAAGAACAAGAAAAAUUAGGAGGCGGCCUCCUCACGGCAGAGGAGCGCGAGGCGCUGCAGAGGUUGGCGCGCGAGGAGUCGCUCAACCCGCACGACCCGUCUAAGCCCUACGCCACGCCCUGGCAGCCGCGCGACUGGAUGUCCCCGUUCGCCUUCAUCCCGCGCUACCUCGAAGUCAACCAGAGGAUUUGCGCCGCCGUCUAUCUCCGCCACCCCGUCGCCCGCCCCGGCCUCUGCGAGGUGCCCACCCCGUUCUCGCCCGUCCUCUCCCAACUGGCGUUCAACUGGUAUCUGAGGAGGAGGUAGACCAAUGCAGAAAGGGGAUAUGAUAGACAAGACGAGUCGGUGGUUGUUUGAAUAGGUGUUGCCGUGACAUAACAUCUGCCUGUUUAGACGUGGCGUGGAAGUGCGCGUUGGGCGGGUUGCUAGCGGGCACGUUGUUGCCUAGGUGUCAUGGAAGUCAAUAGAGGCAGAUGAGUGUUGUAUAUCAUGAUGCAUGUAUUCUAGGUGUCAACUUGCACUUGUACAAUAUGAAAACAUUUCAUGCUGGC